CUGUUCCCCGCUGCCGAGCGAGGCGUCGCGAGGACGCCGACGACGAGGAGCCCGGCGAACGUCGAUGCGGGCCACGAAUUCGCGAACGAUUCGCGGGGAUCGCGGGAAAUGUCGCUGUUCAAGACGAAAGAGUGGUGGCGCACCAGGUGCGGAGUGAACGAGUCCUUCGACAGGCGCAGUCUGCUGAUCGCGCCGUUAUUCGGCGCCGACAGGAAGGACGUGAUCGUGGUCAGCAGCCACAGCGGCUACCUCAGGAUAUACUGGCCGUCGUCGCAAUGGCUGGACGAGAGCAAGGAACCGAGCGGCUUCAAGUCUUCGGAUCUCAUCAUCGAGACGCGGAUCGGCGAGUGCAUCGUCGACGUGAAGGCAGGAAAGUUCGUCUCGAGCUCGCAGGACACCCGACUCGCGAUACUGACACCCGCCAAGCUCGUCGUUUACAGUAUCGUUUUGAGCCAAGGAUCCGUCGACCACGGGGACCGCUGCGACCUGGAAGUCGCGUACGAGCAUCCGCUGCCGCGAUUUCCGGCGACCUUGACGACGGGCCCGUUCGGCGGCGUGCGGGGUCGGGACUUUCUCUGCGUCCAAUGCCUGGACGGCGCGCUCCUCUUCUACGAGCAGGAGACCCAUGCCUUCGACCUGCUUCUCGGGAAUCGGCUGCUGCCGGAGCCGAUCGUCUACGUUUCGCGGAACGACGUCUUCGUGACGCCGAGCUCGUCGUGGGUCCUCGAGUGCUACAGGUACAAAAGCAUGGCGGAAUUUGGCGGCAACAAGGAUCGCGCGGAGGGUUCGAAGCAUCUGGAGCCGGACUGGAGUUACAACAUCGGGGAAGCCGUUCUCGACAUCAACGCCGUUACCCUGAGCAGCUUCGAGGUCGGGAUCCUCGUGCUCGGCGAGAAAAAUCUCUACUGUCUCAAGGACAAUUGCGUCUCGCUCAAGUACACGAAAAGGCUCGAGUACAAGGCGCUCUGCUUUCAAGCUUACGUGAUAGAACCGGAUGGCAAGCUGAUGGUGCUCGUAAUCGCUGACACGAACACCCUGAUGAUUUACGAGGGUACGACUCUCAAGUGGUCGGCUCAGCUGCCUCUCGCUCCGGUCGCCGUAACUCGAGCGCAUUUUCAGCACUCGAACGGCAUGGUCGUCGUGCUGUCCGAGGAGGGCCAGCUGGAGGCUUGCUACUUGGGCUCCGAGCCGUCGUUAUUUAUCGCGCCUCCUCUUCAUCGACGCGGUUACGAUUACGUGGCCGCCGAAGAUGAGCUCACGGAGCUCCGCAAGCUGGCGAGGAGGAACAAGGCUUCCGGUGAUCAGCUGAGCGACAUCAACCUGGACGCCGAACUGAUCGUGACCGUGACCGUGUCGCCGGACGUGGAAGCCUACCCGCGCGCGAAGCACGACGACGCGAAGGACGAAUCGCCGGAGGGUGGGUACCUCGUGUGCAGGAUCGUCAUCGAAUUGUCGUCCUACACGACGCUGCGCGACGUUCAAGUGCACACCCGAGUGUCGAAGCCGUUCGUCGCCGAGAAGGACCGCCACGUCAUCCCCAAUCUUUGUAACCGGCAAACGUUGCACACGACGAUCCACGCGAGCGCGAGCCUGCCGGCGAUGUCGUCGGACGUGAGAAUCACGGCGAGCUACGAGACGGAUCGUGGGAGCCUGCGCGUACUUCAGAAGACGGCCCAACUGCCCCUGAAGAUGAUGCUGAGGGCCUGCCCACCCGAGAACACGUCCACCUUCACGGCAACCAUCAAGUGCAGCGAGCCCCUCGUCGCUUUCAGCCAGCUGUUUCCCGAGCUUACAGGGGACGUGCAACGGCAAACUUGGAACGCGCUCGGCCUGCAGCACGUGCAAACCGGCAGCGUGGUGACGAUCGUUCCCGGCGCAACUAGCAAUCGGUACCGAGUGCAGUCGAACGACGGGCUGUCGAUGGCCUUGGUGGUUCAGCAGCUGCUGAAUAGGCUCAAAGACAAGGCCAGUGGGAAGUUUACGAGCACUAUCGCGCACAAUCACGUACAGUUGGUCCAGUCGCAAAUGGAGGCGCACUUUCGCAGCCGGCAGGAAGCCAACGAAAUCGCGAGCGAGAUCGGGCUGCUGUCGACCCAGUUGAGAAACCUCGAGAGGAAGAUGCUGCGCGCCGUGCGGGAGAGGAACUCCCGGUCUCUGGCCGCGACCGGCCUGCCGUUCCUCUUGGAGUCGACCUAUCGCGCGAUCUUCGCGCUUCUGGACGAUCUCGCGAUCGCACGAGCGGAACGCGACCGCACCGGUCACGGCUUGCAGUGCGCCGUGAGGUUACUGCUCCUGCUGCUGCAGCUCAAUGUAAACGAGGAUAAGUACGCGAUGCUCGAAGCCGCGAUCGGAUUCGAGCCGCAGCUGCGCGACGAGCUCGACUGGGAGGAGAUGGCCGACGCCGGCCUGUGCGCCUUGCUCCGCUCCACGUCGCGAAAGUCCAGUCACCUGGACGCGAAACCCGCGACGUUGAGCAAGAUGACGUCUGUCAAGGAGUUCGCCAAGCUGAAGAAGCGCCUGGUGCACGCGGUCGAACGUCUCGACAGCUGUCGGGAAGCUGCCGAUCUAGCCGAAAACGAACAGUCCGAAGCUGAUGAACGCGCCACCUCUUGAACACACCUCCCCUCGCGCCGACAAACUUCUACUUGCCGCGAGCGUCCGCAAACUUGUGUGUCUCCGACUCGUCCAAAAGAACGAAAUAAAGGGCAAAAAUCGUACUUGA